GAAAAAAAUAAGAAGUCAACAGUUUACCAACUUUUUAAAUUGGUGUUAAAAUUUUGAUCUUAAUUUUUGCGUUGUUUAUUGUACGCUUUUUAUUUGAUUGAUUAUGAUAGCAAGUAACUAGAAUUAACUAUUACAAAAUGUCUGGGUUUAAAGCACUUCGUGAUGUAAGCAAUGACUUAAGGAGUGAUUUAAGACUACUUGCUACAAGAUUAUUCAGAGCCUCUGUUCCCAUAAGUUUUGAAGAUUCUUGUGUAAAGAAAAUUAAAGACAUUUCACUUCUCACAUCAAAAUUGCGACUGGUAAAUGCGAAAGUCCAUGCAGAGACACCAGAGAUCAGAAGCCUGGCUAAGGAUGAGUUCUCAACAAUGAAUAAUUAUACAGACACGGUUGUGUGGAAGCUGAUUGAACAGCAAUCGGUUAAGGUCCUUCUUCAGUCUCAUUCAGUAAAGUUAUUGGUGACAACCCCUGACUCACAGCUGCAUCCACAGCUUGUAGAAAGGAAAGAGUAA